AUGUUGAAGCAUGUCUUUGGGAAGGUGUGGAACAAAGGGGUUCAUGUGUAUGGAGGAAACAGAGUUCUGCCUUGCCUGUAUGUGUCCACCAGUGGUUUCCACAGUGGACAGGUCAAUUGUGCGCAGAGAAGUUUUUUCGGGGUAGAGGAUUUCCUUGAUGAUAACAAUAGCCGGCCAUACACUUACCAGAAGGAGAAGAUAUCCAAAAAUCCACAAAAACAUGUAUCAUUCAAACAGCGCACCGUAGCCUACAUUGAACCAUUUACACUUGAUGUGUUCAUCUCAAAGCGGUUUGUUUCAGCCUCUAUCACCCACCGGGUGACCUGCAAGCAGGUUGCAGUUGCCGGUACCAACUCCAAAGACAUUAAAGCUGUCCUCAAGUCUCGCUGUGAUAUACCGGCCUGUUUGGCCGUCGGCCAAAUCUUAGCCGAUAGGGCAAGAGAAGCUGAUGUCUACACUGCUGCUUAUACUCCCAGGGACAGGGACAAGUUUGAAGGGAAGAUUAGGGCAGUUGUUCAAUCCCUCAUUGAUAGUGGGAUUGAUGUUAAAGUUUAUCUUGACUGA